GAAAAAGUCAAGAAAAUCUUGUCUCAACCUGACAAGCUACCUAUGUGUGCCGACUUCCAAUCGAGUCAUCGUCUUUGUCCCCUUAACAUGCUCUUUCUUCAAUCGGCUUCCAUUUCCAAACCCUUCACCAAUCACACACCAAGAUCAUGAAGAAUCCUUGUUCAUUUUCUAGUUGUUUCUCAGCACCGGUCAAAGAACAAAUUACCAAUCACGAAAAGUUAGAGGAAGAUAAUGAUGGAAGCUUUCGCAUAUUCACUUAUAGCGAAUUGAAAUCUGCCACCCGUGGUUUUCACUACUCGGAAAAGGUUGGAGAAGGAGGCUUUGGUUCUGUCUACAAGGGGCAGCUUAGAGAUGGCACUUUGGUGGCUGUGAAAGUGAUUUCAAUUGAGCUGGAAUCGUUGCGAGGAGAGAGGGAGUUCAUAGCAGAAUUGGCUACACUAGCAAACAUCAAGCAUCAAAAUUUAGUCCUUCUAAGGGGGUGUUGUGUCCAAGGAGCCCACAGAUAUUUAGUCUAUGAGUACAUGGAAAACAACAGCCUUCGCCACACUUUCUUAGGUUCAGAGCAUAACAAGGUGAGAUUUAGCUGGGAAGUAAGGAGGGAUGUAUCCAUAGGUGUGGCCAAGGUGCUUGCCUUUCUCCAUGAGGAACUUAAGCCUCAUAUUGUCCAUAGGGAUAUCAAAGCAAGCAAUAUCCUUCUUGAUCAAAAUUUGACACCAAAAGUUUCAGACUUUGGUUUGGCAAAGCUACUAAAAGAUGAAAAAUCCUACAUAAGUACUCGAGUUGCAGGGACAUUGGGUUAUCUUGCUCCAGAGUAUGCCAGUUCUGGACAGCUAACACGAAAAUCAGAUGUUUAUAGCUUUGGAGUACUACUCUUAGAAAUUGUCAGUGGCAGAGAAGUAGUAGAUUAUCAUCAGGAUAUGGAACAAUUUUUAGUAGAGCAGGCUUGGGAAGCGUAUGAAGGUAAUGAUCUAUUGAGCAUGGUGGAUCCAGUGUUGAAUAUGAAUAUUCCGGUUGAAGAAGCAAAACGAUUCCUAGUGGUUGGACUGCGUUGUGUGCAAGAAACCGCCAAGCUUCGGCCACGAAUGUCUGAGGUUGUAGAGAUGCUGACCAACAGUAUUGAUAUGGAAGAAGACGGUCAUAAUAUUUCAAAACCAGGAUUUGUCAGCAACAUCAGAAAGAGGCAGCAAGCGCAAACAUUAGAAGAAUCAAGUUCUGCUACAGCAAAUUUUUCAAGCUCCAUGUGGAGUACUACCAAUCUCGCACGUUAGAUUUACAAUUCUGAGGUUUUGGUGCUGAAUAGAAUCAUGCCAAAAUGUCCAUAGCAUCAUUGAAGUUGAUCAAUUUUUACCAGUGUUUAUAGUCUCUCCUUUUUUUUUGCAUCAUAAAUUAAUUUUUUUCA